UCAGGGGAAGCAGGAGGAAAAGGGAGGUAAUGGGGCGUCCUGAUAGGGAAGGCCGGUGGUCAACCAAGGGUUAGGGUUUUGACCCUACUGUCCAAUCCUCUAGUCUAGGAGUCUUUCUGGCAGACAGCAGGCUCGGGGCACUCAGAGGAAGAACUACAGAAGUUCUAGCUGCUGCUUGGGAUGGCUGAAGGAGGCAGGUGGGGUGGGGAAGUCCUUCUCGAAUAACUGGAUUCCUCCAAAGAUUUCCCCAUCCCCACAGGACUCCCCUCGGGAAAUUCCCCUUUUUCCCUCAGUGCCAGGCCUGUGUGGCCUAAUAACGACGGCCCUGGUCUUCUUCCCAUUCCCCUACCCUUAGGUAGGCACUUAGACUCCGGCCUUUGAGUCCGCUUCUGCGCAGGGUCGGGGCUGGAGGCGGGGCGAAGGGGCGGGGCCGCAGGCGAACGCAAGUCCCGCUUCGCUCUCGGGGGCGGACUCAGCGGCGGAAGUGGCGCUGCCGGAAGAUCUUCUUCCGCUCUGAGGCGCUACUGAGGCCGCGGAGCCGGACUGCGGCUGGGGCGGGAAGAGCCGGGGCCGUGGCUGACAUGGAGCAGCCCUGCUGCUGAGGCCCCGCCCUCCCCACCCUGAGGUGGGGGCCCACCAGGAUGAGCAAGCUGCCCAGGGAGCUGACCCGAGACUUGGAGCGCAGCCUGCCCGCCGUGGCCUCCCUGGGCUCCUCGCUGUCCCACAGCCAGAGCCUCUCCUCGCACCUCCUUCCGCCGCCUGAGAAGCGAAGGGCCAUCUCUGAUGUCCGCCGCACCUUCUGUCUCUUCGUCACCUUCGACCUGCUCUUCAUCUCCCUGCUCUGGAUCAUCGAACUGAAUACCAACACAGGCAUCCGUAAGAACUUGGAGCAGGAGAUCAUCCAGUACAACUUUAAAACUUCCUUCUUCGACAUCUUCGUCCUGGCCUUCUUCCGCUUCUCUGGACUGCUCCUAGGCUAUGCCGUGCUGCGGCUCCGGCACUGGUGGGUGAUUGCGGUCACGACGCUGGUGUCCAGUGCAUUCCUCAUUGUCAAGGUCAUCCUCUCUGAGCUGCUCAGCAAAGGGGCAUUUGGCUACCUGCUCCCCAUCGUCUCUUUUGUCCUCGCCUGGUUGGAGACCUGGUUCCUUGACUUCAAAGUCCUACCCCAGGAAGCUGAAGAGGAGCGAUGGUAUCUUGCCGCCCAGGUUGCUGUUGCCCGUGGACCCUUGCUGUUCUCCGGUGCUCUGUCCGAGGGACAGUUCUAUUCACCCCCAGAAUCCUUUGCAGGGUCUGACAAUGAAUCAGAUGAAGAAGUUGCUGGGAAGAAAAGUUUCUCUGCUCAGGAGUGGGAGUACAUCCGCCAGGGGAAGGAGGCCACAGCAGUGGUGGACCAGAUCUUGGCCCAGGAAGAGAACUGGAAGUUUGAGAAGAAUAGUGAAUAUGGGGACACCGUGUACACCAUUGAAGUUCCCUUUCACGGCAAGACGUUUAUCCUGAAGACCUUCCUGCCCUGCCCUGCGGAGCUCGUGUACCAGGAGGUGAUCCUGCAGCCCGAGAGGAUGGUGCUGUGGAACAAGACAGUGACUGCCUGCCAGAUCCUGCAGCGAGUGGAAGACAACACCCUCAUCUCCUAUGACGUGUCUGCAGGGGCUGCGGGCGGCGUGGUCUCCCCAAGGGACUUCGUGAAUGUCCGGCGCAUUGAGCGGCGCAGGGACCGAUACUUGUCAUCAGGGAUCGCCACCUCACACAGUGCCAAGCCCCCGACGCACAAAUAUGUCCGGGCCGCCUGCCCCGGUACCUCAUCCACCAGAGCCUCGCGGCCACCAUGUUUGAAUUUGCCUUUCACCUGCGACAGCGCAUCAGCGAGCUGGGGGCCUGGGCGUGACUGUGCCCCCUCCCUCCCUGCGGGCCAGGGUCCUAUCGCCACCACUUCCAGAGCCAGAAAGGGUGCCAGUUGGGCUCGUGCUGCCCACAUGGGACCUGGCCCCAGGCUGUCACCCUCCACCGAGCCACGCAGUGCCUGGAGUUGACUGUCUGAGCAGGCUGUGGGGUGGAGCACUGGACUCCGGGGCCCCACUGGUUGGAGGAAGUAGGGUCUGGCCUGUUGAUGUUUACAUGGCGCCCUGCCUCCUGGAGGAGCAGAUUGCUCUGCCCCGCCUUGCCAGGGCAGGGUCUGGGCUGGGCACCUGACUUGGCUGGGGAGGACCAGGGCCCUGGGCAGGGCAGGGCAGCGCAGCCUGUCACCUGUGUGAAGAUGAAGGGGCUCUUCAUCUGCCUGCGCUCUCGUCGGUUUUUUUAGGAUUAUUGAAAGAGUCUGGGACCCUUGUUGGGGAGUGGGUGGCAGGUGGGGUUGGGCUGCUGGCCAUGAAUCUCUGCCUCUCCCAGGCUGUCCCCCUCCUCCCAGGGCCUCCUGGGGGACCUUUGUAUUAAGCCAAUUAAAAACAUGAAUUUAAAAAAAAAAAAAAUUCCAGCCCCUCCCACUGCCUUGCCUCUUGAGGGAAGAGGAAGGCAGGCAGCAGCUUGGAUGAAGAGGGAAGACCCCUCACACAGCCUCUCCUGGGCUCACAGGAGGGCGGAGCCCGAGGAGCCAGUUCCUGGAACAUGCCCCCCAUUCCCCCCCCGCCCACCCCCACCUCCCGGCUUUCCUGACCAGUUCAACUGAGCAGAUGACUGGUCAGAAAAAAAUGCCCCACCCCCUGCCAGGCUUCAGCGGGGCAAGUUUAAAGUCUCUAGUCCAGGAAUGGAGGUGGGGGUAUGGGCACCUGGCAGUGCCCACAGCAAGCCUUGACUGUGUGGCCUGGAGAUGGGGCCUGGGCUUCAGGGUCACUGAGGCACCCCUGGGAUCCAGGCCACCUGGAGCCCCAGACCUCCCAGACUCCACUCACCCAUUCCCUCUCCCCGCGCAGCACUCACCAGGGGCGGCCUGGAGCCCGGAUCGCGGGGCGGGGCCAGGCCACUGCCUGCCUUCCUCCUCCCUCCCGGCUGGCCUGCCCCCUUGCCCGCCCGCAUGCAGGCUUCCAGCAGAGCCAGCUUCUUCAGAGCCAGGUGGAUCCUGUUUCGGUCCUGCCUAGGUGUGUGACCCUGGGCGAAUCUACCUCUCUCAGCUUCUGCUUCCUACUUUAUGAAAAUGGGACUGAUGUCACAGGGUUGUUACGAGAUUAAAAGAUAUGAAGAACUGGG